ACGACCUUGUUCUACUUUGCUCGGCAUUGAGCAGGUGAGGUUUCGACUCUUAUCUUCCAGCGUCCAACCGUCUGUCACGAAGGCAGUACAUGCUCUCCUCUCAGCCCAGUAACACACUGCUAGUUGCACCAGCGGAAACAUGGCUUCCAACAUCCCUAAAAUCAUGAAGGCACUUGUCAAGAAGAACGAAGAAGAGUCGUAUGUCUAUGAAAGCAUUCCUGUGCCCGAUCCAACGGGAGAUGAGGUGCUCAUCAAAGUAGAUUCUGUGGCAAUCUGUGGCUCCGACAUCAACCUGUACAAAUGGAAUGACGUGGCACGUGUGAUCGCCACCAUUCCCUUUGUCCCAGGUCACGAGUGUGCAGGGACUGUGGUCAAGUGCGGACCUGAAGCCCAGCUCACAGUUGGGGCCAAAGUCGGGGUGGAGAAUCACUACUACUGCGGGUCAUGUCACCAGUGCAAGUAUGACAACAGGGCGAUAUGCAGGAAUAUGGGCCAGUUCGGCCACGGCAAACAGACCCAGCAUGGGGGGUGCUCUGAGUACACGAUUGUGCCAGCCCGCUACCUGUACGUCUUGAAAAGAAAUUUGUCUGCUGAUGAGAUCGCCCUGCUGGAACCCUUAGGCGUAUCCCAUAAUGCAAUAGAGAAGCUGGAGGUGAAAGGAGAAGAUGUACUCGUCAUUGGCUGUGGGCCUGUCGGACUCCUUGCUAUUGCUUCAGCCAAGGCUCUUGGUGCUAACAGGGUGAUUGGGGCUGAUAUUGACGACUCCAGACUAGAACUAGCUAAAAAGAUGGGAGCCGAGGUCACCGUUAACACCCUCAACAAGUCUAUCAAACAGUUUAUAGAGAGCUUCACUGACGGCCUGGGCAUAGGGCGAGUGUGUGAAUGUAGUGGGGCGCCACCUAUGGUCAACAUCAGCUUCUCUCUGCUCAGGAAGGGCGGUCGUAUUGUGAUGGUUGGUCUGCCCAAACAGCCUCUCCACGUGGAGAAUGUACUGCAGGAUAUUGUAUUCAAGUCGCUCACACUGAAGACUGUGCACGGGCGGAUGAUCUAUCAUACCUGGGGCGAGAUAGAGAACUUAGUUGCAGACGGCAAGAUCGAUGUCAACAAGAUUAUCUCUCAUAAAUUUCCAAUGUCCAAAUAUGAGGAGGCCUUCACGGCCCUGUUUAGUGGUAAAGCGUGCAAAAUCGUCAUUGACCCCAGCAACUGAUUCUGAGUUGCCAAAUCUGUCUCACUGCGUGGGGUUACCGUCUCUCAAGAAAGCGAAAUACCACCUGUGCAGACUUUAUAUUGAAAUAACCUAGAUAACAAGAAAAAUCAACUAUUGCUGAUAAAAAUUAAUACAAUUAUUUUAA